AUGCGUUCGCUUUCCUUCGUUGAUCACCUUGUUUUUAAGGAUAUAUGCACGACUAGUUCACGGAAUCUGUGUCUGUAUGACGUUGAUAACGAUGGGGACAACGAAUUAAUCAUUGGUUAUUGGGAUUCUGGACCUUUAUUAGAAAAUGGAGAAGCAAAUGCAGAAAACGCUGAAGGUUCUAUUCAUGUAUUCAAAUAUAAAAAGGUGUGGAAGGUAUCUUCUCAUCUUGGCAUGGUUUCAUGUGUUACUGCAGGCAGCAUCUAUAAACCUGGUCAGACUUGGAUUAUUGCUUUGUGUGCUGAUUCACACUGUUACGCAUUCGACGUAUGUGCUACUGUUUCAGACUCGGAAUGUAUUCCAAUAAAAUCUGUACAAAAAUUACAACAGUCUCGUGGUUCAUUAAAAUCUGGACAUAUUGCAAAGCCGAAAAUUAAUACGCUGAAAAUGGUUCAUCAUCAAGAGUUAGCUUAUAAUGCUAAGGAUGUAUGCAUAUUUAAUCAAGGUGAAAUUGCAGUCGCCUAUUCUGAUCGUGUUGUUCGUCUCUAUUCAUGGAGUUCAUAUGAAACUCAAAAAAAUUCAACAAAAUCAUCAUCAUCAUCAUCGUCUUCAACCUGUCCAGAUUCUUCAUCAAAUUUAGGUGAAUUCAUUCUAUUAAUUAAAUGGGAAUUAGCUGGUCAGAUUAAUCGAAUUGAUACAUGUUUGACACAAAAGCAUGGUCUAAUGCUGAUCGCUUCACAACCAAGUGGUGGUUUUGCUCAUUUACAUAGAAAAUUUGAAAAAUAUCAUAAUAAUGUUGCACCUACACUGACUUACUAUCCUCCACGUGUAAUAAGCUCAAAUAAUUUACAAACACGUACAUGGCUUGUUGGUAAUGUAAUGAAUAAUUAUUCCUCAUCUACUACUACUACUGGUGAUCAUGACAAUGACACCACGUCUUCUUCGUGUCUUAUCUGUUUAUGUACAGCUGAUGGAAAUAUGCUUCUUAUUGAUCCAACACGUGAUAACGAUACAGAUUUAGUGUUGUGGUCUAUUCAAGUGCAUACACGCAGUGAAUUAUUUUCUCUGGGUAAAAUAAAGUUGACUCAAGAUGAUGGUGAUCAAAUUGUUGUCUGUUCAUGGGAUGGUGCAACAUACAUAUUUGAUUUAAAUAAUAAUUCAGUAUGCUUCCCAUUAGGACAAUCAUGUCAAGCAUUUAUUGCUGGUGUAUACGCUGUAGAAGCUGGUGUCAAUGUACCAGUGUUAAUCUAUUCAACAUUUGAUCAAGCUAUUCGUAUUUAUUAUAAUUUACAUUUGAAUUAUAUUGCUGCACAAAGUUUGCAUAGUACAAUAUUAACAGAUCAAUUAUUAGUAGAGAAGUUACAAAAGAAACAUGUUGAUCCUCAUAAUCCUGUACAGUUAUCUGAAGCCCUACGUCAUCUCCUCUAUGAAUUACCUGAACAAUCAGCUCAUCCCCAUCUCUGA